CAUCUCUGCUUUGGACCCGAGCCUACGGACCCGAACCUCAGUUUUGCUCUUCCUCCUGCGCUCGCCGUUGAAAUUUGUUUCGCACUGCUCUCUCUUCUCUCUCUCUCUCGAUCACUUUAUCUCUCUCUCUCUCUCUCUCUCUCUUCCCCUGGUUUCGUUAAUUCUUGAAUUCGAAAACCCUAAAACUUAUCCCUACAGAUUCUGAAGGAGGAAAACAAAAAAGGAAGCUUUCCAAGGGGGAGGUGUCACUAUGUCAGUAAGAAGUGUCUUGUUUGAGCUUGAUUGAAUUCUAGGUUGUUGUAAUGCUCACCAUGUGUUAUGUUAACCUGACCUUUUCGAUUUUGGGGUGGGUGAGAUUGGUUUGCCGCAAUUUUGAUCUCGAAUGCGAUUCGCGAGAUUUCCCAUUAAAUUCUGAAAUUUUUUGCUAGAUUAGCUUAAUUUCUUCAGCUGCCAUGGAGGGUUUGUAGCGGUGAAAUUGGAACUUUUUCAGCUGGUUAUUUUGUGGAAAUCUGUUGAGUAUUCAGAGCAUGUCGGUUGGAGGUAGCUCAUGAGUUCUCGGGGAAAAGAUAUAUAAAAAGUAUUCAUAGAAGCUGAAUCUAUGCCUGGAAACGAAUUUGGGGAGAAGAUCCACAAUUUCUUUGGACAGGAAGGCCUAUCGCAUGACCAGCGCCAGCCUCAGGUGAUUGACGGAAACUGGCCUGGUUUUAGUAAUGGUCUAGUCAGCAACCAGAGGCAGAUAGACCCAUCCCUUAUUGCCAAUCUGAAGAGCUAUAACACACACCAAUCUGUUGAUCCUCAGAGAAGUCAAUCAAAUUCACAGCAUGGAUUGAAUUUUCCUCAGCAGCCUAUAAGGUCCGAGAUCUCAAGAAGUUUGUUGCAAGACCACCAACAACUCACAAAUGGUUACAUGCAUGGGAACCUCGGGUUGCAGACAAUGCCAAAUGGCGCAAAUUUUUUAGGAAUGGAUGUACAAUCUAAUAGGGAUAGGUUACCUGCGAGGGGAUUUACUCCAGAACUUCGUAAAACUCCUAUGAGGUUUGAGAUGGGAGAAUCUCCGGUUAAUUAUGAUUUCUUUGGUGGUCAACAGCAAUUAAACACACAGCUCCCUGGCAUGCUCCAGCCUAUGCCAAGGCCGCAGAUGACAUUCAAUGAUAUGCAACUACUAAAGCAGCAAGUUAUGGUUAGACAAAUGCAUGACUAUCAAAUACAACAACAUCUUCAAAAGCAGCACCUAGAAGCCGGACAGCCCAAUUCUUUGAAUUUAAAUGCAGUCAACAGAAGUCGCUCAAGUGAUAAUCAGUCUCAUCCGUUGAUUAAUGGCAUUCCUUUUCAGGAUGCAUCAAGUAAUGGUUGGCAGCCUGAUCUUAUGACAGGAAAUACAAACUGGAUGCAUCGCGGCAUCUCACCAUCUGUUCAAGGUUCAUCCAGUGGGCUCAUGAUUACCCCUGAGCACGGUCAGGCAAACUUACUGGCGCAACAAUUCGAACCCUCCUUGUACGGUAUGCCCGUUAGUGGGACAAAUGCACCUCAAAAUGCCUUUUCUUCUGUUCAGAUGAACAAGUUAGCUGCGCAGCAUGGUUCUGCAAACAGGAGUUCUCUCACAAAUCAGCCAACUUCAUUUCUGAAUCAAGGUGAUGGACAGGACAGUCAUAUGCUUCCUAGAUCGACAUACCAGGAGAAAGUGUUAUUCUCCCAUACAUCAGUUCCAGAUACAAAUAUCAGGUCCAAUUUUGAAAAUUUCCAGCAAGAUGAUUCCCGCGAGAGGAAUAUUUCAGUGCAGGAGAAAUUUGGUCAGAUGGAGGGUUCUGGUCAAUUAGAAAAAUCAUUUAUGAAAGUGCCUGAAAAUAUAAAUGCAUUGCAGAAGUCGUCAACAUUAGAUCCAACGGAAGAAAAGAUUUUGUUUGGUUCGGAUAGUAAUUUGUGGGAGGCAUUUGGAAACAGCACUGAUAUGAGCUUGACAGGAAAUCUUAUGUCCAGUAGUUCUGACCUUUUUGAUGCAUGCCCCUCUUUGCAGAGUGGGAGUUGGAGUGCUCUUAUGCAAUCUGCUGUUGCAGAAACAUCCAGCGAUGACGCAGGAGUACAUGGAUGGACUAACAGCAAUACUGGCCCACAUACGAAUUCUCAUACUGGUAGUAGAGCCCAGGAUUUGGGUGUAAAGGCUUCAAACGCACUAAGUGAGAGACUCCACAGUGAUUCCACUCGGGCAGCAAUUCAACAUUUGCCUGCGAAGGGAAAUAAAGUUUCAGAUCAUGGCCUACUAGAGAAGCCAAUGGGUCAACUUAGUCAAAUGGCUGGAAAUAUAUUUCAUACUUCAAGUUCUGGUAUUGAUGAACAGAAUAAUUCGCAUUCUAUUCAAAAGAACGAGGGCAUGGAAGAUAGAUUUGGUAUCUGGAAGGCUGCGUCUAAUCAAAAUGUAGCUGCUCAUGUUGAACAUAAGAAUCACUCCACACAUAAUCCACAAAUGCAAAGGGAAAACUAUGGACUUGGCAUUGCUGGUACAGGAAACAAUUCUAGUGCUUUGAGGGAUGUUCAGGGAAAUAUCUCUCAACUGAAAUCUAGAGACGGCAGUCAGAUUCUUGAGUCAUAUGCGAGUAAUAAUACUGGAUCCAAUGAAAUGGUAAAUGCCCGUGAUUUUUCUAUGGUGCCUGGUGGAAGAGACACACAAUCUGGUCAUGUUGGUAGUAGGCCGUCAAUAAGUCGCAAAUUUCAGUAUCAUCCCAUGGGUAAUAUUGAUGUCACUAAUGAGUCUCGUGAUGAUAAAAUUUCUCAUUUGUCACCCACAUUGGAGCAGGUUUCUUUAGGAAACCAAGGGUAUUUUGGGCAGUCAAAGCCUCUUGGUCAGCCGGCUAUGAACAUGCGAACUGACAGGGGACAUGUUUCGCAAAACGAGUUGAAUUGUACAAAUGAGACUUUUAAUGGCAUGGGAUCAGAUAAUUCGCCUAGUACAUCUGCUUCAGCUGACAGAAGUGUUGAUAGGUAUAAUCAAGUGAAGAGUACUUCGUCAAGGCAGACUAUGCUUGAGCUUCUUCACAAGGUGGACCAGUCACCAGAGAAUUCAUCAGAAACAAAUGUUCCUGGUGUUUCAGAAGCGACACCCUCUGCAGACUAUGGUGGUCAGUUCCAGCAUAAUCAGCCAUCUGCUUCUCAGGGGUUUAAUCUUCAGCUGGCACCUCCAUCUCAACUAGCUCCUACACCUGAUAACGUCCAGUUUUCUCGGAAUUCUUUGCAGCCAUUAAAUUCAUUUCAUACUGGCCCUGAAAAAGGAGGAACAAGUCAAUCAAGGUUUGCUCCGUGGGCGUCUAAUCAAUCUUUUCCUCAGCAAUCCACUCAUCAAGGACCAUUUCCUGGAAUCCUAGGAGGAUCCAACAUGACCUCUGGUUUCCCUUAUUCCAGAGGAUAUCACCAAAAUCAACAGAUGCCUGUUCCUACUCGACAGUCAGCUGCUAAUUAUCCACUCAAUUCAUCGUCUGAGCUGUCUACCCCUCAAGUGAAAGAAAGAGAUGAACGUAGUGACUUUGAUCAACGUGCACAAACACCUUCCCUGAUAAAUCGUACGACCCACAACACAAAAGGAGAUUUAGCCGAAGGAUUUCCGAUGCUGUCUGCUUCUCAGCCUCUGGUUGCAUCCAGUUCGCCUCAGCAAAGUUCAUCUUCUGGUAUUUCAGCUCCGCAACAUCGGUUUUGGAACCAGUCAUUUAAGCCUCAGUCAGAUGUUUUACGGCCGCAUACAUUGCCUAGCAACAACAUAGCAGUUAGCUUCUCAAGGCAGGAGAACGCAAAUCAAUUGUCCUCCCAAACUGGAGGAAACGUUUCAUUAAGUGGGAGGGACAUGGUGAAUAUGCAUGAGUUACAGAGUAAAGAUACAGGUGCAAAACAAACUUCUGAUGUUGGUCCGAUGUUCUCCAGUAUGGUGCAGAGCAAUCAUCAAUCCUUUGACCGCUCUCUUCCAAAGGAAAGCUUACCUCACGAUGACCAAAUGGCUGUAAGUGGGGAGAGCGGUUCACCCAAGAUGACUGUGGAGAGAGUUGGCAAUAGUGCUAGUGAUACUCAAAAGGUAGCUUUCGGGGAACAACAAUCACCUUCAAUGUCUGAUGGUUUAGUUAGAGAUGGAUAUAGUCACAAAACGAACCAUAUGCCUCAUUUUGGCCAAACUGUUUCUCAGAGUUUCUCCACUAAGAAUUAUCCAGCCUCGGCUGGAGCAGAUCAUCAACAAAUCAGUCCUCAGAUGGCUCCAUCCUGGUAUAGUCAAUAUGAUACUUUCAAGAAUGGACUGGUGCAACCCGUGAAUGGUAUAGGGCGAUCAACUCCCUUGAAGAUAGGAGAACAAGCGUCUAAUGUUGGGAUUGCGGUUGAUGGUACACAUUCUAUUCAAUUAUCAAAGCAAUUUAAUACGCAGCAAAUGUCAGGCUCUGCACCAGGAUUGGAGACUCCCUCAUCUGAAUCAUUGCUUCAGAGUGCUACUGACAAGUUUUUAAACGUUGAUAAGCCAAAGAAGCGUAAAACUGCCACAUCAGAAUUAUUAUCCUGGAAUAAAAAAGUCAUGCAGGAUCCCCAGAGGCUUAAGACGCUCAGUGAGAACGAGACUAACUGGGCCAGAACAACUAAUCGAUUGGCUGAAAAGGUGGAUUUUGAGACUUUACUUGAGGAUGGCCCACCAAUCAGAUCAAAGAGAAGGCUUAUAUAUUCAACACAACUCAUGCAACAACUAUUUAGCCCGCCUCCGGCUAGGGUGAUUUCUUUGGUUGCUAACUCGAAUUAUGAGUUUGUUGCAUAUAAUGCUGCAAGAGCUGCACUGGGAGAUGCAUGUAGCUCCAGUGGUACCAACAGGAGUGAGUGCUUUUCACCUCCGAACGAUUCAAACCUGUUGUCUGAGAGGACGGAAACUGAAAAAAUUAGUGACCAUUACAUCUCCAAAGCAGCUGAAGAUUUCAUUAGUAGAACUCGGAAAUUAGAGACUGAGUUUGCAGGGCUAGAAAAUGGAACUACAAUUCCAGACUUGAGAGUUGAAGUCCAGGAUCUAGAGAAGUUUGCAGUGAUCAAUCGUUUUGCGAAGUUCCACCCACCAGCCUCAUCUAUGGACCGGACCGUGAAUUCACUUAGGUUAAACCCUCAAAGAUAUGUUACCAUAGCUCCUAUGCCUCAGAAUAUUCCAGACAGGGUACAGUGUCUCUCGCUCUAACGACUGAUGAAUCCAUAUAGUUCACUUUUUGGCCAAUCUUCCCUAUUCAUUGCUUUCAUAUAUCUCUCGUCCCAAAAUCUUUCUAUCUUUUUUGGGGUGGGUACGAGUUAGUUGGUCGGAAUCCUGAGAACAGUUAAGGCCUCCAUUGUUUAAAAAAACCGGAGAUUUUCUACGAAAUGUGUAGCGUUACUGUAUGCAUAAUCACAAAUAUUGUAAGUUAAAUCCAUUUGUAUACAGACUUAAGUAAAUAAAUA